AUGAAACCUCAGCUGUUUGCUUUUGUUUCCACUUUACUUUGCGUAUGCAACAUACCUCUCGCAAGUUCUGCGUAUCGAGAUCAUACUUAUCUCAUUUAUGAGUUUCCAAAUGAUACGUGGGUGGAGAAUAUCGCGGCCAGAAGUAAUGGGGAACUCCUCUUGUCUAUUGUUGGCAAACCGCAGCUCUUUGCCAUCGAUCCCUCAGCUCCCAGCCCCAGACAACCAGUCUUAAUCCAUGAAUUCACGGGAUUUCUGGAUGUUUUUGGUAUUGCAGAAUACCAGACCGAUAAAUUUGCUGUUCUGACUGGAAAUUUCUCCCUGGAGACUGGGGAUUUAGGGAUUGGGUCCUGGGCGGUAUGGAGUGUUGAUUUGACUGGAGUCGAAAUUUCGUUACAAGAUGGAGACACAGUGUCAUUCCCAGGUCCCAAAAUCACGAAAAUUACUGACAUACCGGCUGCUCAUUUCCUAAACGGACUCUCUCUCUUAUCCCCGGAGCAGCAAACACUUCUUAUUGGUGACAUAAAUGCUGGGGUAAUUUAUCGGUUGGAUAUUGGGUCUGGAGAUUAUGAGAUAGUAUUGAAUGAUACUUUCACUGCUCCUGUUCCGACACCGCCUUUCCCCAUCUCAGGGGUUGAUGGCCUACAUGUGCGAAAUGGCAGUGAGCUAUUCUUCUCAAACUUCGGCAAACAACAACUCUAUAAAGUUGCCAUUAACGAAGAUGGUACACCUGCCGGACCUGUAGUGACCGUGGCAAACACUCUCUCUACUCUCGAUGAAUAUGAUGACUUCACGUUCGAUUGCGAUGGUAAUAUCUUCAUUACAACUGGUGGUGGAAACUCCAUAGAAAAGAUUUCAACCGAUGGUCUUCAACAGGUCAUUAUCGCUGGUAACGUCAAUUCAACAGCACUUGCGGAGCCAACAUCUUGCGUAUUUGGUCGUGGUUUAAAUGAUAGGAAUGUGCUGUAUGUUGUCACAGGUGGAGGACUUGCUUUACCGGUGAAUGGAGAUGUUAUCAUGGGGGGCCAACUUGUGGCUAUUAAAACCAAUACGAAUGGAUCUGCUUGCUAA